ACCUGGACGACGAGUACUUCUGCUACGACGAGAGUUGCGCCGGUUGCAGAGUCGAGCUGCUCAAACGCGCCAACACCGGCGUUCCGGUCAAGCACGUCUUCUUCAUUUCCAUGGUCACCCUGUGCGCCGAUACGAAAUCUUAGAGCAGAUGGUGUGUUAGGAAGCUCUGAUCAGCAUGUAGCUAUUUGAACCUCAAUAAACCUCAUUCAUAAGCUAAGUGUGAUGAACAUAUACAUCAAGUGCAGUAAACAUUAUAUUAUGUUUGUGCAUCAACAUUUCCUUAAGCACUGGACCUUAUGAUCAUAAAAGUUACCUACACCACACACAUAUAUAUAUUUUUGUUAAUUUGAUUUUCUUGUUUCGGCUUUAAUUGCAACUAUUCUAUAUAGCAAAAAGGAUAUUACAAAUUACUGUAAUGUUUACUUUUGCCGAAUUCAAGAAAUUAUGUAACUUAAUGUGUCCGCUCUCAUGUAAUUAUGUAAUAUACUUUAUCUUUGGUGUUGUUUUGCAGCACUACCAAUAACAUCUCUUUUUCCUUUCGUAUAUUUUAUGAUUAGGGACUUUCACAUUGCUGAAAGGGAGGAAGAUAUUAGUUAUUAUGCUGGCUAUUUAGGCUCAUCAUUCAUGUUGGGGAGAACUUUGACAUCUGCUCUUUGGGGAAUCAUUGCUGAUCGAUAUGGCAGAAAGCCUGUGGUCAUCAUUGGCACAGUAACAGUGGUUAUAUUCAAUGCCCUUUUUGGCCUUAGUGUAAACUAUUGGAUGGCUAUUAUUACAAGAUUUCUUCUAGGAGCUUUGUGUGGAAUAAUUGGUACAAUGAGGGCAUAUGCUUCUGAAAUUUGCCGUAGAGAAUAUCAUGCUUUGGGCAUAUCUGCAGUUAGUACAGCAUGGGGAAUAGGCUUGGUGAUUGGUCCGGCUGUUGGAGGUUAUUUUGCCCAGCCUGCAGAAAAGUAUCCCGGCAUAUUUUCUGCAGAGUCCUUUUUUGGGAAAUUCCCAUACUUCCUGCCGUGUCUUAUGAUAUCCAUGUUUGCAUUGGUUGCAACCGUCAUUUCCUUUUGGCUUCUGGAAACAAUGCACACUCAUAAGAAAGAACACAAAGAAGAACAUGAUGUUUCUCACAAUGCACACGAGGUUCUGACUUCGCAGAAAAGCCUUCUGAAGAAUUGGCCCUUAAUCUCUUCUAUUCUUGUCUAUUGUGUUUUCGAAAUUCAUGAUAUAGCCUAUUUGGAGAUUUUUUCUCUAUGGGCUGUCAGUCCAAGGAAGCUUGGGGGGUUGAGCUACACAACUUCAGAUGUUGGUCAAGUUCUAGCCAUUACAGGCAUUGGACUUCUACUCUUUCAGCUUUUUGCUUACCCCUUGGUGGAAAAUGUUCUUGGUCCUGUCAUGAUAUCCCGCAUUGGAGCAGCUCUUAGCAUACCAUUGCUGUCAAGUUAUCCAUACAUAGCUCUGCUAUCUGGUCUCUGCCUCUCCGUGGUGCUUAAUUGCGUGUCCAUGCUAAAGAAUGUGCUCUCUGUAUCUAUCACUACAGGACUAUUAAUCCUUCAGAACAGGGCAGUUAGCCAAGAGCAGAGAGGAGCUGCCAAUGGCAUUUCCAUGUCUGCAAUGUCUCUUUUUAAGGCAAUUGGCCCAGCAGCUGGGGGUUCAUUAUUAUCUUGGUCACAAGUGCGUCAAGAUGCAAAGUUUAUGCCAGGUGAUCAACUAGUUUUCUUCGUCCUAAAUGUGUUUGUGUUGUUGGGUUUGAUUAUGACAUUCAAGCCCUUUCUCCAACUCCCCGAGAAUGACAUUUCUAAGUCAAAACAAGAUGAGGCUGCUGAAGAAAAUUGCUUGCAAACACAGAAUUGCAUUGCCUGAAUUGUCAUAACGAUGAAAUAUCAACUCCUUGUGGGCCGCUUUAAGAAGAACCUGUAUGAUAGAUUUGACUUUUGUAUAAGAGAAUCAUGUUUUACCCACUAAGUAAUCCUUUUGAUGUUGUAUGUAAUUUUCUUUUAUGAGUAAAAUGUAGGCUACCAUCAUGAGCUUCCAAAAAAAAAAAGUUGGUUUAAUGUUUAAAUAAAGAAAGUUUUCAUGGUUCGAGCAAA